GGGUUCAGAGAGGACCGAGUCAACAUGGCAGCUGUGGGAACUCUGCUGUACCUGGGAGCGUGGAUGUCUGCCUGGAGCAUCACCGCUGCAGUGAGACUGUAGACUGGAUGGAAAGUCUUGACUGCAUCCAAACACCCCACUUUGAAUGUGAUCUAUCUGAAGACUUGAAGCCCAUGGACCGGAACUACAGAGCUGACAUCAGAGUAGAACACCAUUCCUUCGACGACGACUUUGAUGAAAAUCCUCACAUGUUUUCGCCUCCCUUCAACCCCUACAGACAGAGUAACAUCAGUGCUGUGCAGUUCUCUCUGGUAAACGUGAACAAAACCACCGUCAUCAUCAACAUCACAGAUCCUGUGACCUCCUUCCAUCACCAAGGGAAGCAGUCCACCAUCAGAGACGUUCUCAAAAAGGACCUCAAGUACAAGAUCCUCUACUACAAGGCUGGAAGCACCAGAGAGAGAGAAGUCGUGUCAGACUCCAGCACAGCCACGGUGUCGGGGCUGGAAGCAGGACUGGGUUACUGCUUCAUGGUGGCAGCUUUCAUCCCCAAACGACCCAAACCCCGGCAGCAUGGAGCCUGGAGCCAACAGCAGUGCAGCCAGGCAGACACACACAUCCUGCAAGAGUUAAGUUUUGGCGCUUGGGUCGGGAUUGUCUUGACCCUGCUGGUAGUAUUCGUCAUCAUCAUCACAGUGAGUGUCAUCUACUGCCGAAGACGCAACAAAAGAAACACAUCGCGCCACACAUCUUCAUCACCCAUUUAGGACCCUUUAUGAUCUGAUUUAUUUUUGAUCCUUCACAUCAGCUGGUCUCCUUGGUUUUCUGUUUCUUUAUUUUUCUAAGGAAACAAAAAAUAUUGUUUGCAGCUCCUAACCUGUGGAACCACCUGUGUAUACAGACGAGUCAGGUUUCAACUCCAGUUGAAAAAGUAUUCACCUCCUCAAACCUUUCCACAUUUUGUCUUGUUACAGUUAGAAACUUAAAGUAUUUUGCGGUGAUUUUACGAGGUAAACACAAAGUAACACAUACUGUGCAGCAUCAGGCUGUGCUUCAGAGAGGAUGGGAACGUGAUGGAGUAAACAACAGAAGAAACCCGUUAGAGGUCAUCAAAGGCUGGGUCAGAGGUUUAUCUCAUUCAUUCAUUCAUUCAUUCAUUUUAUUUAUCAUGUAAAUGGUACUGCAUAUAAUACACAUCUCAGAACAACCACAGAAACAAUGGAACUAGUUACAGUGUUUCAAAGUUCAGACCUAAAUUUAAAAGAAAAUCUGUGACAAGAGUUGAAAUGUGCUGUUCACAGGUGUUCAUCCUGUGUGAGUGAGCUGCAGCCGUUUUACAAAGAAGAAUGAGCAAAGAGUUCAAACUUCAGAUGUGGGCAGGUGUUAGAAACAAGCAGGGGUUCUGCAGAGCAGCAACUGUAAAAUAAAAAGCUUAUCUGAGGAAAUGUGUAGAAGCAGUGAAGACGACUUGUCAGAGUUUUGGAGGAAAAUGUUGUCCCACUCUUUUAUCUGUCCAGCAGUCCUGGGUCUUUUUUUUUUUCAUCACAGAACAGUUUUUUUAAUUGUAAAUGAGCUCUGAGAUGGAGGUGGUUCUGAACAGUCAUGUUUCAAAAACACAGUGAAUCUGAAUCUGGUGCUGAAGAUGUUUUACUUUUCAUUUAAGAAGUUGUUCACGAGCCUCUUACCUGUGGGGAAACGAAGCUGUGCGUUCUUAUACCACUGACUUUUACAGCCUUUUAUUGAGCUGCUCCCACUUUUUGUGAUGUUGCUGCCAUAAAUGUCAAAAUUAGCUUUUUUUGUUUUGUUUUACAGAAAAGAAAUUAAACAUUUGAUAUGUUUACUAUAUUGCACUGUAAAUAAAAUAUAGGUUAUUAAUCUUUUGAGUUCUUUUAUUUACAUUUUGACAUUUUUUUAAGAAUUGCUGUUGCACUUUGAAGUUUGUGGCUGUAAUGUUACAAAAUGUGGAAAUGUUUUAUAAAUAUCAUCUUAAAAUAUAUUUGUACUCAUUUUUUUGUUUCAUUAUGAAUGUUUACAAUUUUUAAUGUACAGCACUGUUAUUAAAAAUGUCUUAUGAAUAAAUUAAACUUGUAAAUGUUCUUGUUUACAGUGUGA